UUUUUUUUUUUCAUUACAUACAAUGGCAGGAGCAGAUAGAAAGAACAAGUCAAAGGACAAGAAAGUCGACAAAAAGACUUUUGACAAGAAAGUCGACAAGAAGACCUUUGAUAAAAAAGACAAGGCAGUAAAGUUCACUGACAAGAAGAGCGAUGAGAAGAGCCCUUUUGCAGCACAAAACGAUAAACUUAAGGAAGCCAUUUUAGCAUUAGGUGGAACUAAAGGCGAUGUUAAAUAUUUGGAAGAAAUUGAUAACGAGGAAAAUGAUAAUUUGGUUACUGGCGAUGAUGAAAAGACAGAGGCCUCUCUUCAAAAAGAAUUGAUGAGUUUCAUGACCAACAUUGGUUUAUCUGCUUCAAAGUAUGAACAAGAUAUUGACACCGAGGAUGAACAAGAAGAAGAAGUUGUCGAAGAAGAAGAAGACGACGAAGAAGAGGUGGAAGAAGAGUCCGAGGAAGAAGAGUCUGAGGAAGAGUCUGAGGAGGAAGAAGAGGAACAAGCAAAGCCUGUUGAGAGUGUCAUUGAAAAGGAAGACUAUCCUUCCGAAAUGAAGAUCCAUCAACCCAAAUUGAUUCCCAGUAAGAAAUUGCUUGUUGAACCUACACCUUUCUGGUACAAGGUGGCACUUCCUCCCGUUUCCGUCGAAGGAGUUCAACGUUUAUCUCCUGUGGAAACAUCUGAAAAAUACAGCUUUGCACGCGAAAUUUUAACUGAAGAAAACACCAAAGCAGAAAAACAUCCUCUUUUAACAUCUUCCAACCGUAGUUUCAUGUCCAACAUCAUUACUUCUGGUACAUUGAACGAUAAAGUGUCUGCAUUGACCUUGAUGUUCCGUGAAUCACCUUUGCACGGUAUCAAGACUUUAGAUACAUUGAUGGCUAUGGGUAGAAAGAAGGGUAGAAACGAGUCUGUCAUGGCAGUUUCCAGUUUAAAGGAUUUGUUCAUUGGCUCAGUGUUGCCUGAUCGUAAAAUGAUUUAUUUCGCUGAUAGACCUCUUGGAUCCAAGGAUGUUACCAACUUGCAUUUGUUAUUAUGGAUCUUUGAAGAUCACCUCAAAAAGACUUAUCUUGAAUUCCUCCAAUUGAUCGAAGAACUCUCUCGUGAUACCUUAAUGCAUGUCCGUAACAACAUGGUCACUUGUAUGCAUGAUCUUUUAGCUAACAAGCCUGAACAAGAACAAAAUUUGCUCAAAUUGCUUGUAAACAAAUUGGGUGAUUCUGACAAUAAGGUAGCUGCCAAAACUUCUCAAUUACUUAUCGAAUUAUUGGUCAAACAUCCCGGUAUGAAGAUGUUUGUUAUUCGUGAAUUGGAACAAUUGGUGAUGCGCCCCAAUACCAGCGAAAAAGCACAAUAUUAUGCCAUCAUCACAAUGAAUCAAACCAUUUUGACCUCCAAGGAUUCAGCUGUUGCCAAUAAGCUUGUCGAAUUAUACUUUGUUUUCUUCCGUAAGCUUCUUAAGAUUGUUGAAGAAGAAGAAAAGGACGAAUUGAAGAACAAGAAGAAGUUGGAUGAAGAAGUUGUUUCUGACGAACCCGAAAAGAAGAGUAAAAAGAGAGAAGCCAAGGAAAAGGCACAAAAGAAGGAAGAAAUGGAAUUGGAAGAUCACCAAUCCAAGAUGAUUGCUGCUAUUUUAACCGGUGUUAACCGUGCUUUCCAUUUCGCCAACAUCUCUGAUGAAAUGGUCGAGAAGCAUUUAGAAGUUCUCUUUAGAAUGACUCAUGCCAGUACAUUCAAUGCAGCCAUUCAAGCACUCUCACUCAUUUUUACGAUUUCUCUUGUGAAGCAGAAUGUAUCCGAUCGUUUCUAUCGUACAUUAUACGAAUCCUUAUUGGAUCCCAGAAUCAGUCACUCCUCCAAACAAUCCAUGUAUUUGAACCUACUUUUCAAAGCCAUUCGUGCUGAUACCGACACUCGUCGUGUUAAAGCCUAUGUUAAGCGUAUGGUUCAAAUUGCAGCUCGUAAUCAGCCCGCAUUCAUUUCUGGUAUCUUUUUCCUUUUAAGUCAAUUGAUGGAAGCACAACCCGGGCUUCGUACUAUGCUUACAACACCCGAAGAAGACGAUGAGGAAGAAUACUUUGUGGACGCACCCGAAGAUGAUGACGAUGAAGAAAAGAAGGCCAAGAUUGCUGCCGAAAAGGCCAAGAGAGCUAGCAACGGAAAGGGAGAAUAUGAUGGUAGAAAGCGUGAUCCCAGAUUUAGUAAUGCCGAAAAGAGUUGUUUAUGGGAAUUGAUCCCUUUCAAAACACAUUACCAUCCUUCUGUUGCCAAGUACACAGAGCAAUUGUUCGCAGGUGAGCUUAUUAAGAACCAACCUGAUUUACAUCAAUUUACGUUGAUGCAUUUCUUGGAUCGAUUUAUUUAUCGUAAUGCCAAAAAGACUGGAUCUACCAAGGGUCAAUCCAUUAUGCAACCUCUGUCUGGUAGCAGGCGUGAUGGCGGUAUUAUGUUCACAAAAGGAAGUGGUAUCAAACAAAAUACAGUUCCCCUUAAUUCGGAUAAAUUUUUGCAACAAAAAGAAAUGGAUGUUGAAGCAGAUGAAGUAUUUUUCCACAAGUAUUUCAAUCAAAAGGCAGUAAGUGCACCCAAGAAGUCCAAGAAAGAGAAGGCAGCAGAUGAUAAUGAAGAAGAGGAUGAAGUGUGGCGUGCAAUGAUGUCAUCUAUACCCGGUGGAUUAGACAACGACGAUGAAGAUGAUAUUGAGGAAGAUGAAGAUGACGAAGAAGAUGAUGAAGCUAUGCGUGCUUUAUUGAUGGAUAGCGAAGACGAUGAAGAAGAAGGCGAGGAGAUGGAUUUCGGAGAAGAAGACGCUGACUUUGGAUCGGAUGAAGAACCAUUGUUAAAUGAAGAUGAGGAACUUGAAUUGAUGAAUGCAUCUAGUAUGGAUGAGGAAGAAAUUGAAGGAUCAUCCAACAAGAAGCGUGCUGCCAAGCAAGACAGCGAAGAUGAAUUUGCGGGAUUAAGUAAUCGUCAAAAGAAGAAGCAAAAGAAGGAGAAGGAGCGUCUUCCUACCUUUGCUACUUAUGAAGACUAUGCUAAACUCAUUGAACAAGAUGAAGUGGAUGAAGAGUAAAAAUCAAACUGUAUAUAACUACAACAAUAAUAAACGAUUUAGAAUUAUUUUUUUU